AUGUCUACACCAAGCACUUUCAAAAAAUUACUCCAAACCCUCAUCAUCCGCCCCUUCAAUCACACUUACACAAUCCGCACGCGGCACUACCAAGUGCUGCCACUGGUACUGCUGCUGGCGGUGGUCGCGUGCUGCGUGUAUGCGCUCGUGCUGGUUGUGGUGCACAAGUCGCUGCUGGCCGUGCCGGUGCUGUGUGUUGUGAUUGCGGGGUGUGGGUGGUGUACGUGGGCUUUUGUGGAAAAGGAUGAGGUGGAUGAGGAGCUGGUGGAGAAGGCGGGGGUGAAUGGGAUUGCAGUGAUUAGUGCGCCGAUGAUGGGGCUAAAGGAGGUGUUGGUGAGGUAG